UUCAUUUCCCAGAAGCAAACCCUAAACGUCUCCAUCUCCUCCUAAGCAAUGGCCACCGCCGCCGCUCGUCCUCUCGUUUCCGUUCAGCCCCUUGAAAAUGACAUGGCCACCGAUGGAUCCGCCGGCAACUCAGUCUCUUUGGCGAAUGUGAUGAAGGCUCCGAUCCGCCCCGACGUGGUCACCUUCGUCCACGCCAACGUUUCCAAAAAUUCCCGUCAGCCCUACGCCGUGUCGUCGAAGGCGGGCCACCAGACCUCCGCCGAGUCAUGGGGUACCGGCCGCGCCGUGUCCCGUAUCCCCCGUGUUCCUGGUGGCGGUACUCACCGUGCCGGACAGGGUGCGUUCGGGAACAUGUGUCGUGGUGGGAGAAUGUUCGCCCCCACCAAGAUCUGGCGCCGCUGGCACCGUAGGAUCCCUGUGAAUCAGAAGAGGUUCGCCACGGCUUCUGCCAUAGCUGCAUCCGCUGUUCCUUCCCUAGUAGCUGCUCGUGGACAUCGGAUUGAGACUGUGCCGGAGAUCCCUCUUGUGAUCUCCGAUUCCGCCGAGGGAAUUGAGAAGACAUCCAAUGCCAUUAAGAUUCUCAAGGAGAUUGGUGCGUAUGCUGAUGUGGAGAAGGCAAUAGAUAGCCAGGCCAUCCGCGCCGGAAAAGGUAAGAUGCGAAAUCGCCGCUACAUUUCUCGCAAGGGACCUUUGAUUGUUUAUGCUACUGAGGGUGCUAAGCUGGUGAGGGCCUUCCGAAACAUUCCCGGGGUGGAUUUAUGUCAUGUUAGCCGUCUGAACAUUCUUAGGCUUGCUCCCGGUGGCCAUCUUGGGCGCUUUAUAAUCUGGACGAGGUCUGCAUUUGAGAAACUUGAUGAGAUCUAUGGGUCGUUCGAUAAGCCAUCUCUGAUGAAGAAGGGUUAUGUCUUGCCAAGGCCAAAGAUGGCCAAUGCCGAUCUUGCUAGGAUCAUCAAUUCUGAUGAGGUGCAGUCUGUAGUGAGACCUACCAAGAAGGGAGUGAAGAGAGCUGUUCGCAAGAAGAAUCCAUUGAAGAACCUGAACGUGCUUCUCAAGCUCAAUCCUUAUGCUAAGACUGCCCGGAGGAUGGCCCUUCUUGCCGAAGCGCAGCGUACCAAGGAAAAAUCUGAGAAGCUCUCCAAGACAAGAACUCCACUCUCAAAGGAGGAGGCUGCUAAGAUUAAGGCAGCAGGGAAGGCAUGGUACCAGACAAUGAUUUCGGACAGCGAUUACACAGAGUUUGACAACUUCUCGAAGUGGUUGGGUGUGUCUCAGUGAUUCCAAGCUUUUCGGACAUUUCACUCCCUGCUUAGAGUUUAAAUCUUUUUUACUCUUUUUUUGCAAUUUUGUGAUGGAGAGACAUGUUGUGGAGUUUGGGAAGGAAUGGCUCUGCAUUUCUUCCCAAAUCUCCAUUAAGUUAUUAAGACAAAACUGGUAUGGUGUUUUCCAUUUCUUAUUGCCUUGUGUUUAUCAUCAGAUGAUGAAUGUGACAUUCUGUUUUCAUUCCAAGUUUCUAGUAGAUCAUUGGGAACUCCAUAGAUAUAUCUUGUGCUUUUCAUUUUU